CUGACUCCAGGAGGAACUUUAUCAGGGACUGGUCUCAAGGAGACGAGGAGCGUCGCCCUGCUGUGCCGGCACCUGCCCAGGAAAGGGGGUGCAGGCAGACAAGGGGUCAUGCUAUGCUCGCUGGGCAGGUGACAGGCCCCCGCUGCUGCCCUGACACGCACCGAGAGCCGGGGGCCGAGCCAUGGCCAGGGAGCUGAGCCAGGAGGAGCUGCUGGAUUUCCUCUGCCAGGCUGGGGGGCGAGUGACCAACGCCGCCUUGCUGGGGCACUUCAAGCGCUUCCUGCGGGACCCCGGGCCGGCCGGGCAGGUGCAGCAGCGCCGGGAGCAGUUCAAGAGCCUGGUGAACUCGGUGGCCACGGUGAAGCAGGAGGCGGGCGGCGGCCCCAAGUACGUGGUGCUGAGGAAAAGGUACCGGGACCUGCUGGGCGAGGAGCUGGGGCCACCUGCCGCGGAGCCGCCCCCGGGGCCCGGGCGGUGCCAGGGACAGGGCCUCGCCGGUGCGUCCCCAGGGCAGGAGUCGGCUCCUCCAGCCGCCCAGCCAGGGAGCGGGGCGCGCUGCGGGCUCCAGGAGCAGCCGCGCCCGGCACCCCCCGGCCGCCUCCCCGGGAUCGAUCCCCACUCCUGCCCGGGCGCAGCUGGCCGGGGGGCUCCCGGCCUCCCCCAGGCUGACUCAGGGAGGCAGGGAGCGGAGCCGCCUCCUGCCCCGGCUUGGGCCGGCAGCGGCCAGGGGCACCCCCCGGAGCGCUGCGCCCCGAGCCCCGAGCUGCGCCGGGCUGCCCCGCACGCCCUCCCCGGGGCGCCCCGGGCUCACGGCCCCUGCGCUCCCGCCGGGCUCCAGCAGCAGCGGACCCAGGAGUGGGUGGAGAGGAGCCGGGGUGCGGGGCAGGCGGCCCCGGACAGCUGCUCCGCUCCUCGCUCGCCCGACGGCACCUGCCCUGCCCCGGCCCCGCCGCCCCCCGAGGCUGGCUGGAGAUGCCCCCCGCCCGUCUUCCGGAGCAUCCGAUGCCAGCUGGCCCUGCAGGACCUGGAGGACUUCGUGGAGCAGGCGAGCCCCGGGAGCGAAGAGGGCGGCGGAGGUGGCACCGGCAGCGAGGGGAGUGACUCUCCGCUGGAGGCAGGGGACAGGGGUGCCAGCCCCGCCGGGGGAGCAGGCGAAGGGCCCAGGGACCCAGGGGCGCUAGACUCCCGCUGCCAGCAGCUCAGCAAUGGGGCACCCAGCGACCGCUGCCAGCGCCCAGCCAACAGGCAGGUGGUGGAGGUGAAUGGCACCGCGCCCUGCACCCGCCGCUCCUUCCGGAGCAAGAGCACCCACGGGAGCAGCAGGGUGUCCUCCUCCGAGGAUGAGCUGAGGGACCAGGACCAGGGGAGGAGAGGCCGGCGCCCCCGGAGGUCCAGGAAGAUGGCCAAGGGGGCAAUAUUGGCUUCCCCAGGCGUGGACGCUCCCAUCACUUUCCAGUAUUUGGGCUCUGUGCAAAGACAGACUUGUGUGCCCACAGAGGAGGUGCUGCCAGUCCCCCACAGCCCUCUGGACCCCAGGCCCUCCUCCGUGCCGCUACACCCCAGGGAACACAACUGGAUUGUCAUGGUGGCUGCUGGCUCCUGGGUGCAGGUCCGGGCGCUCUUCCUGGAAGAGCCCCAGCUUGCUUUGCAGAGGGACUUUAUCUCCGGCUACACCGCGCUCCACUGGAUCGCCAAACAUGGAGCCAACCAAGUGCUCCAGGACUUGGUCAGUGGGGCCGAGAAAGCGGGCACCCCCCUGGAUGUGAAUGUGAAAUCCAGCUGUGGCUACACCCCAUUGCACCUUGCAGCCAUCCAUGGACACCAGAGGAUCAUGAAGCUGCUGGUCCAGGAAUUGAACUCCAAGGUCAAUGUGCGGGACAGCAGUGGAAAGAGGCCUUGGCAAUACCUGAGCAGCUCAACCUCUGGAGAAAUGUGGCAGCUGCUGGGCGCUCCCAAGGGCAAGACAAUCUUCCCUACCCAGCCCUUAGUCAGACCCUCCUCACCCCCCAGAAAGGCCAAGAGUCAGGAGGUGGCCAGGAGCAUCAGCAGGAAAACCUCCCUUGCGGCCUGCCUGAAGCCAAAGCACGUGAAAUGGAAAAUGGCUACCAAGUACCCCGCCCUGAGGGAGCGGGAGGAGUAUAGUGACUGACAAGGCAGCAGGGCCAGCCCGAAGUGGGGAGCACGUGCACAAGACUUGUGUAUAUGCUACUGAGCCCUUCUAGGCAGGUUGUUUGUUUGCACAGUGCAGGGUCAGUCUAGAGGUGGAGGAGAGGGGGCACUUUCUGGUUAACUAACUCUUACACUUUAACUACUUCUGGAUCCUUUUCUGGCCUAUUUUUGAUAGACAAUCCAUCUAGAAACCUUCUGUCCAAUGAGCUAAUGCUGUGACAACUCCCUGCCAUAGGAGAUAGCCAACUCUGGGAGGCAGCUGGGGGCACUCGCUCCCUGAAGCUUAGCCAUGACCUGCAACUGAGAUACUUGAGAUCUCAGACUACUUCCCUCCCCCACCAUGGCCCCUAGUUCUGGCAGUUGUCUCAGAAGCAGGUCUUUAGAUGCCGGUAAGGUGGGGUGGUGAAAGAUCUGCAAGGGAGUAAGUAGUGAUCACAGGAAGAAAAGAUUUGAGAAACCCUAAAUCAUCCCUAUUUGACCUGGCCUCCAGAUUGAAACCAAGAGCAGAGUGUGAGCUAAAACUCAUCUUCAGGUACGUCCUGCUGUGAGGGAGAUCAUCACCCAAACAAGAACAGAAACAUUCACGUGUCACGGGGUGGGGUGGGGAAGGGGAUGAUAAAGCUGUUAAGUUGGAACAUCAUAUGCACUAGGCAAGUUGCCAGCUAAGAUAAAUUAUUUGCCUAUAGAAGGGUGUGUGAGGAGAGACUGGAGACACUUUCCUUGGGAAUGUUAAUGAGAGAUGAAGAAUCCCUGGCACCUAGAGACCCAACCUUUAAAGCUGCUUUGAUGAAAAUCCAAGAUUUGUUGUUUCAGUGUAGAUCAAAAGAGUGACUGAAAAAGGCACUGUCACAAAGAUGAGACAUAUGGCUAAUCUGGUUAAAAAACAAUGUUUUUAAAUUAACAAGGUUCAUAAAGUCUUUUUUUUUUUUUUAAAUAAUGUGGAUUCAUUAGUCAUUAAUCAUGCUGCCAGUUAGUGUUAAUUUUCUUUCCAGAAAAUGUUUGAUCAACAGAGCAGGGUGUCUGAUGUUCUUAUUCUUUUCAUCCACAGCUGAGGAAUCUUUGAGGCUUUCACAUCUUCCUAACACAACACACACACACACAUACACACAAGCAACAAUCCUGCUCCUUGGGUGCCGGGCUACUUGUCCAAUGCCAGCUUUGUUAGUGCUGUUGCAUUUAUGCCACCUGCCUGUCUUUCAUAUUUGCACAGGCAAUUAUUCCUAAAUGCAGCUGGCUUGUUUUUGAUAGUUUUGAAAACUAGAGGAAUUCUCCAUUUGAAUAUUCUAUGGAACAAGUUGUGGGUUUUUUGUUUUGUUUUUGACAGGAAGUGUGUAAAACAUGUACGGUACCAUAGUUAAACCUGAAAAAAGAAUGUUAAUCCUAGUUAUGGUACUGUAUGGCUGCUAUGUGUUUAGCAAUUGCACUUCCUUCAUGGUGGGUAAUGAAGAGACCAGCUCAUUUCUGUUCUAGGUUUUCUCUGACAGGCACAAUGCUCUAAAGUCUUGGGUUGCAGGCGGUGCUGGGGGGGCUGUUGCUGUUUACAUGGGCUGGUUUUUGUUUUUUGUUUUUCUUCAGUUUAAAAGAAAUUUCAUGAGUCUAAAUUUGGAAUAAUAUUUUACAAAACCUAAAGUGGGGGGCAAGUUUAGACAUUGGCCCUUGAUGGAUUUUAAUAGUUCAAGCAAGGCCUUAACUCACUUUAAAAGCCAAAGCCUUAAAGAGCAGGUGGAGAGCACCUUGCAGUUCCCAGGGGCCUUUGGUCUGUGAAGUCUCUGGGUGGGGUGGAGGUAAGAGCAGACACGCUAGGGUGUGACAUUCAUUCCAGAGCUGGUUCAUUCCAAGCCACUCCACACCCACCUUCUUUACAGACUUCAGCACCAUGGGGGGCGCUAACAGUCUGCUGCUGUACCUCCCUGCUCACUUCAGGGGUGA